AGUGAUUGGCUGCCGCGGACAAAAGCGGCUUCACCUGCCAGGUGGAGCGGAGGAGAGACAGUCGGAGAGAGAAGCAGGGAGAAAAGAAGCGGGGCGAGAAAAGUCGACUUACCUGUAGCCCAACUUCUGGCAACUCGCUCACUCUAUUACCUGCUCCGACUUGAAAGUCCAGUUUCACAAGGAAGAAUCGUAGAGGAAGCAAAAUAUGUCACAGGAGACAGACAAUAAGCGUCUGGUGGUGGUGGUCCCCAACGAGAACUCCUUCCCUGCAGUGCGGCGGGCCUACACCAGCGAGGACGAGGCAUGGAGGUCGUAUCUGGAGAACCCGCUCACUGCCGCCACCAAGGCCAUGAUGAGCAUCAACGGGGACGAGGACAGCGCCAACGCUCUGGGGCUGCUCUACGAGUACUACAAGGUGCCUAAAGAAAAGAGGCUUCUUUCGGUUCCCAAAGUGAUUGAAAUGACAGAGGAACAGGAGAAGAGGUCUACUUUGCCGAGCAACCCCAGCAGCCAAAGCGAGGUGGAGACGGUGGACAACCGAGUCCAGGUCCUCAAGUCUGUUCCCGUCAACCUGUCACUGAACAAUGAGCACCAGGAGACCAAACAGGAGCAGUUCAGCAGCUUGACGACGGCGGUGGCGUCAGGGGAUGGAGUCUCGACAGCUGUGGCUGUGGUGAAGGCCGAGAUGUACACGCCCAUCUUUAUGACGGGAGGAGGGCAUCACUACAGGGUGGAAGGAGAAGAGUCGGGCAGGGUGAUCUAUGAACAGAGUCCAUAUGAGGUGACCACUGUCAGCCACAGUUCGUAUGGGAAAGAAGACCAGCAGAGUCCACCUGAGAGCCCGUAUGAAGAAGAGAGGGAUGAUAAGUACCACACACCUUCCUCUCUGGCUACAGAUGACUUCUUAUUUCACCAGGAGGGAGUUGACAGCUUCCAGUACACACUGGACGCCUCUCGCUCGCUGCGCCAGAAGCAAGGCGAGGGACCGAUGACCUACCUGAACAAAGGCCAGUUCUACGCUGUGACGCUCAACGAGCUCAGUGCCAGUAAACGGCUCCGUCACCCCAUCAGCAAAGUCCGGAGUGUGGUCAUGGUGGUCUUCAGUGAAGACAAGAACCGAGACGAGCAGCUGAAGUACUGGAAGUACUGGCACUCUAGGCAGCACACAGCCAAACAGAGAGUGUUAGACAUCGCUGAUUACAAGGAGAGCUUCAACACAAUUGGCAACAUUGAAGAAAUCGCCUACAACGCCAUCUCCUUUACCUGGGACGUGAAUGAAGAGGCCAAGAUCUUCAUUACAGUCAACUGUCUGAGUACAGACUUCUCGUCUCAGAAGGGCGUGAAGGGGCUUCCUCUGAUGAUCCAGAUCGACACGUACAGCUACAACAACCGCAGCAACAAGCCGCUGCACAGGGCCUACUCGCAGAUCAAGGUCUUCUGUGACAAGGGAGCAGAGAGGAAAAUAAGAGAUGAGGAGAGAAAACUCUUCCGCAAGAAGUCAAAAGGGAAAGAUGGAGGCGUAGGCGUGUUAACCAUUCCCAAGAAGUCCGACACCACCUAUUUCAAGACCAUGACCGACCUGGAGGUUCAGCCCGUACUUUUUAUACCAGACGUUCACUUUGGCAACCUGCAGAGGGCCGGACAGGUGUUUACCUUCAACACAGAGGAGAUUGAGAGAGAAGGGAGCGUGCUGGUGAAGAGGAUGUUCAGGCCGUCAGAUGAAGAUCUGUGUCCGUCCCCUCACAAGCAGAUCAAAGAGGAGACGCACAAGAGAGUGCUCUUGUAUGUCAGAAAGGAGAUGGACGAGGUGUUUGACGCUCUGAUGUUGAAGUCUCCUACGCUUAGAGGCCUGAUGGAUGCUAUAUCCGAGAAGUACGGCGUGCCCACAGAGAGGAUAGCCAAAGUGUACAAGAAAAGUAAAAAAGGGAUCCUGGUGAACAUGGACGAUAACAUCAUUGAGCAUUACUCCAAUGAAGACACCUUCAUACUCAACAUGGAGAACUAUGCAGAUGCCUACAAGAUCACGCUGACGGAGAUCUGACAGCUCAUCAGCCGACCUGAAGGGCUCCAGGUUGAGACGAAACAGAUGCUGUGACUGCUGGUUGGCUGAAAUCUAUGAGGCUGCUAUUGAUUGGCUGAUAAGCUGACUGACUGUAUUGGAGACAGUCCAUUGGUGGCGUUGCACUGACGCUUUGAGGUCAACAACGAUACACCUGAUCCCUCUCACACUUACUAUUAUGAAGCAAGUCGUAUUUUCUGUGCAGGAAGAGGACGACGACACACGUAAAAAGAGGACAUUAUAGAAAUUCCUAUGAACUGGUUAUAUUUACUUUCUCGUUGUAUAAAUCGUCUAUGUUGCGAGGUUAAAUGAUGGAGUACAGAUCCAUGUCCUCCACUUUGCUGAAUAUUUUGUAUAAAAGAAUUUGUACUUUAAUUCUUAUCCUGUACAGUCUUGUGUUUUUUUGCCAAAUAAUCUUUAUAUUCAGUAUAUGGUCCUAAGUAACUUAGCAGCUUCUUUGCAUGCCAGCUUUUGGUUUUGUUAGUUGUGUUAUUAUUUAUUAAUGCUUUUAAUGACAAUGUUUUGCAUUUCUUUAGGAAUUUAUCCAAGAAUUUCAAGUACUUUACAUUUCAGUGACUUUUUUCAUAGUCACCCUCUACUACUCAAGGAGUUUUUAAAUGGCUUAUCUCUAUUUUUCAGCCAUGUUGUACUAUUUACAUGUCAACAAAUAGCCUAAGUGUUUUUUUUGUAGGACCUUACAUGAGAUGGUAAAUUCUGUAAACAACUUAG